AUGUCCAAGGGCAAUUCUGAGCAAAGCUCAUUAAAACAAGAGGAGAUCGGGAGCACUGUCGUUCCAAAACCAACAUUAUUUCAAAGAUGGAAGGCCCAUAUGAAGAAAUGGUGGUGGCUAUAUCUGAUCGGUCUGGGCUGUAUUGUCCUGGUCACCGUUCUUCCACUGGUUUACGUUGGAGUUCCUAACAUUGCCAAUGAUCGCAUCAACAAGUACAAAUUCGACUUCGACGGCUUGUCGAUCACAAAUCCCACGCCUAACUCGUUCCAUGUGCGGCAAUCGCAACAGUUCCAUGUCGGGAUGGGUAGUGGACACCUCUCUGAGUUUGAUGCCUCGAUAUACUACUCGGGGUCUGAUACUUCGUUUGCUGUUCUGCCUUUCCCCCGCAUCGACUUCGGGAACGAUGCUUAUCUCGACAUUGACCAGGAUCUGGACUUGUCUUGCGUCAGCUGUUUCUCAAAGCUGGCUGAAGAUGCAGUUAGAAACGAAGAAAUUUCAGUUCUCAUUACUGGAAAGCCAUCCCUCAAGGUGCAAGCACUUCCCACUGCCCAUUUGGACAUCCACAAAACGGUGACCUUGCCGGAAUUUAUGAAACGUGACGACGCGUUUAAUGUUACCAAGCUUGAUCUUUUGAAUCCUCGUAUGAAUGAUGGGUACAAUGUAAACGCCACGAUUGUCUUCAAUACCCCAGCCGCAAUUAGUGUUGAACUGGGUACCGUCAGCUUCAAUCUUACCAUAGAUGACUCGGAGCUGGGUUAUAUUGACAUCCCGGAUCUGACUCUUCGGAACGGCACAUCAACUGCAGUUGUGCUUGGUGACUUGGACAUACAACUUCUCAUUCGAAAGGGAUUGUGGGAGAGUAGUAAUUCCAACUAUGGAAAGGUCACGAUCGGUAUUCACGGUAAUCGAAGCGUGUACAAUGGGGAAGAAAUUCCCUACUUCACAGCGGCUGUCAAGGCAAUUUCGGCAUCGACAACAGUUGACUUGUUUGACUAUGUCUCCGACAUCCUAGGCGGGUGA